CAUCGCACAUCCCAACCCGCCGAUCCGAUAUCGAGCGAGCGCACGCGCGAUUCCGCUAGCCAAACCGCAGGACGCGCCGGAACCCUAGCUACCUAGCGCGGCCAUGGGGAAGUCCGAGUACGGCGGCGGCGGCGGCGGCGGUGGCGGAGGCGGCGGAGGCGGCGGCAGCGGAAGCCCCGGGAAGAUCUUCGUCGGGGGGCUCCCACGCGACACCACGCUAGCCACGUUUCAGAAGCAUUUUGGCGCCUACGGAGAGAUAGUUGAUUCCGUGAUAAUGAAAAAUAAGCACACAUCUCAGCCAAGGGGUUUUGGCUUUAUCACAUAUGCUGACCCAGCUGUUGUUGAUACAGUGAUGGAGGACAACCAUGUCAUCAAUGGAAAGCAAGUUGAGAUUAAAAGAACCAUUCCAAAAGAUUCUAUGCAGUCCAACCCUAAGGAUUUCAAAACUAAGAAGAUUUUUGUUGGUGGCCUUCCCCCAACACUCACAGAAGAUGAUUUCAAGGAUUUUUUUGAAAACUUUGGAGCUGUUGUUGAGCACCAGAUUAUGCAUGAUCAUCAGACAAGACGCUCCAGGGGCUUUGGAUUUGUAGUUUUUGAUUCUGAGCAAGUUGUAGAUGAGUUGUUAGCAAAAGGGAACAUGAUUGAUCUUGCUGGUUCCAAGGUGGAGAUCAAGAAAGCAGAACCAAAGAAAUCCACAAAUCCGCCACCAUCAGCUGGUAGUGAUUCUAGAUCAGCAUAUGGUAGGGUUUCUAGAGACCGUCCUUCCAGGGAUGAUGUUGGUGUUGGACUGGCUGAUGCCUAUAGCACCUAUGGCAGUGGAUUUGGUCCUUAUAGGAACCAUCCAAGUUAUGCUGGUAGUCUUGGUAAUGGAGGGGUAGGUGACUACCAUGGUCGAUACGGUCGUUAUCCCCCAGGAAUAGGAAGCUAUGAAGGCAUGUCUUCCUAUGGUUAUCCCAGCCGCUUUGGGCCAUAUGGAGGAGGUUUUGAUGGACCUUAUGCUGGAGGGAACUUGAGUGCCUACAGGCGAGGUGGUGAUGAUAGCUUUGGUGGCCCUGGUAGUUCUAGCUACGCUGGCGCCAUGUAUGCUGGGGCAUAUGAUCCUGCACUAGGUGCUUAUGGACCUGGUGGCCCUCCUGAUAUGAAUAGGGGAAGUUUUGCCCCAGGCCGAUAUCACCCAUAUGGAUGAUGGAAGCGUUCUUCAGAAUUGAGCCCAGCAUAAUAUUCGCUACAAGGUUGCCGAUUUAUAUUGUGAUUUAGUACUAAGCAUAUUAGAACCCUGUGAUGGAUGAACCCACCUUAAUGUUCUGUAAAUGCUUGCUAGUCCGUGUGAACCUUAGCUUUUUGUUAGAUAUAUGUUGUGAUCCAGUGUCCAGACUAGCAGUCAUUGUAUUCACGGUUUUAUUUGGGAUGUUAUAGAACAUGGUACUUGUGAUA